CCACCUGGCUGCCCCUAUACGAGAGGAUUCAGGGUUACUCGUCUAAGCGAACGUAGGCUAGUAGGCUAGGUAGCAGUUAAAUAUUUAAAGGUAGCCGAGGACCCACCAAGGCGGGCUUUGGGGGAUCCGAAACAGCAGCGAUGGGUAAACAGAAUAGUAAACUCAAGCCUGAAGUCCUGGAAGACCUCAAACAGAACACCGAGUUCUCAGAUGCAGAGAUUCAAGAGUGGUACAAAGGAUUCCUUAAGGAUUGUCCAAGCGGACAUCUGAGCGUCGAGGAAUUCAAAAAGAUUUAUGGAAACUUCUUCCCCUACGGAGACGCUUCUAAGUUUGCAGAGCACGUCUUCAGGACAUUCGAUGCCAAUGGAGACGGUACCAUUGACUUCCGGGAGUUUCUAUGCGCCCUGAGCGUCACUUCGCGUGGAAAGCUGGAGCAGAAGCUCAAAUGGGCAUUCAGUAUGUACGACCUGGAUGGCAACGGCUAUAUAUCCAGACAGGAAAUGCUGGAAAUUGUCACAGCGAUAUACAAAAUGGUGGGUACGGUGAUGAAGAUGCCAGAGGACGAGUCGACGCCGGAAAAGAGGACAGACAAGAUAUUCCGUCAGAUGGACAAGAAUAAGGACGGGAAGCUCUCACUGGACGAGUUCAUAGAGGGAGCGAAGAGCGACCCGUCCAUAGUGCGACUGUUGCAGUGCGAUCCUAGUGCACAGGCCCAGUGAGGCCCCGGACGCAGGAUGUCUCUGAGGAUGGUCGCGACCCCGAAUCGGGCCCCGGCUAGAUAAGAUGCAAGUCCCACCUGAGCCAGAGAACUCUCGUCAACGUCAUACUCCUCGUAGAGGGUUCACGUCCACUACGAUUCCCAUUAUUUAAGCCCCCCCCCCCCCCUCCUCAAUGAAGAACGUUUCCCAAUAUGCAAAUCCGGUAAGAUCCCAGUUUAUCUUUUCGUUUACAAAAUUGGACGUGGCUCCUCUGUGAGUCCUUUAUUAUGUAUCUGGAUUCUUGUGUGGAUCGUGUCGAAUGACCGAGCCAACCGAUGGAGCCAACGGAAUCGUGCGUAUCAGAUUGGUUCCGACGGUUGGAUCGGGGCCCGAACCGUCCGAGGCCGCUGGGCCCACGGCGCUUGCGCACACCGCAAGCUAGUCGACACGACUAGUCCCGGUCGCUCCGUCUAUUCUCGUUAUCCUCGGCACCGGACUUAUACAGUUAAUAAUAAUAUUAAUAAUAAUAAUAAAAAUAAUCGGCAUCCCGGCCGAAAACUUUAAGUAGCAAGAAAAUCAACCUUGUAACUCAGUGCGACGAAGAAUGAUCCCAGUUCUUCGUAACUGAAAAGCUUCUAGAUCUAAUGUGGAAUUAUUUCCUACAUCUGAGGAUGAUUUUUCGUCGCUGGAUAUAACGCGAUAGUAUCGUUUCCCUUAAUUAUGAGCGUUAUUAUUAUUUAAAACAAAAAAAAAAGAGUAAUUUAAUGAGGAUAAAAGAAGAAUACAAAAAAUACGAGCGAUCCCGCCACAGCCCAUCCUCGCCUCAAACCAUGUGGUUUUUAUUUUCCUUAUUCAAGAGAUUUAUCUUUCUCGAGAGUUUCAAGGGGCCGCCUGUGUAUACAUUUGUCACUGACGGCUUGUAUCGCUGCGUGUUACGUGAAAACGUGUACAUACAUACAUGUGCCUCGCUGCACAAGAGAGUACGAGUGCCUGGUGCCAUGCUCGCGUCCCUAGGUGACCCUUCGAGAUUGGAGCUCUCGCGAUAUUUUCAAAAAUAAUAUUCUAGAACCUGUUGCCUCACAAGGGUCUUGAGAACCUCAUCUGUAACAUAAUAUUGUGAUUUACAUAAUUUCUUGAUUUUUAUUUUCUGAAAAAUGGUUUACUAUUUGAUACCUUGAAUUUUAUAUAUAUAUCUUUCUAUUCCCACUUAUGUUCCUUGAACUAUUUUCUUGAUUUUUCUUUCCUAAAUCAUUAUUGCUCCGUUAUAUUAAUCCCAGAGGUACUUUACUCUAUAGAGUUUGUCCAACCACGUAAUUUUCCUCAGUAUCAAAGUUUGGAACGUGGCUAGUGAGUGGUAAACACAGGCAAGCGGAUGGUGGGGUGGUGCUAUGCACUGUACUGAAUUAAUUGCUCCUCGGUGGUUUUCGGUAAAGCACCAUUUAAAUGCGGACACGUGGGAAAUGGACAAUCUCUAUUGCCUUACUUUCAACUGCAUUCUUUUAAAAUUCAUCAAAUCAUUGGCAACGUGGACGGAGCGACUUUGCUCUUAUGUCGGACUCUUGAUCUUGAGCCUACAGAGUCCUCCGCUCGUGGCGCCACGUGAAACUUCUCAACGGGCGGAUCCCUUCACCAGAAAUCCUUUAGACUACGAAAUAGGCGUACGAUUAUUCUUUGGAGUGCGAUCCUCUCUAAGCUCCUUAUAUCUAUAAUAUCCUAUCUUAUCUUUCUCUCUUUCUCUCGUUUUCGCUCGUAUAUGCUCGCAAAAUGCUUGCGCCACUCCGAGGGGGAGAGAAUCGCAAACUUCUGCUCUUCUCUUUCACUUGCGUUUUAUUAGUAUUAUCGUAUACCGUCUUUCUCUUUAACUAUUAUUAUAAAUGCGAGCAAAAAGGAAAAGGAAAGAAAAGAAAGAAGAAAAAAGAAAAUGCUGUACAUCUAUUUGUCUAUUGCUCAUUAACGAUUAAUUCAUAAUGAAUUUAAUUACGUAUAACGUCUUACUCUAAUCUAUAACGUCGAAAUGUAUUAACGAGAUACAAUGAAUAACCUCACUAAAGUUAACGUUAUUAAACGACGAAGGGAGGAGAAAGUAUGAGUAAGAUGAAGUCGAGAAGGAAGAAGUGGAGGAAAAAAUAAAUGAGAAAAAUAUGACGAAACAUUACGACGAAUUGAGAGAAAGUUGAGUGAAUACAUGUGUGCGAGAGAUAGAAGAAUGCGUGUGCAUGAGUCUGAUGAUAUAUCGUUAAAAAUGGUGAAACAAAAAAUUUAAAAAAAAAGGUUUUGAAGUAACGGCUAAAAAUUAAUGAUAUAUUGUAUAAAUGAAAUUUCUGAUAUUCGCGACAAAGUGCUUUCUCCUAUAUUCGAAUGUCACGUGACGCAAUCGAAUGAGGUUUGAGAGGGGCUGGGUGAGUUUGAAAAGGAAAAACAAAAGGAAUUAAAUGUUAAACCAAAAAUAAUGUGACGUCUCGCGGCUUUUCUGAAACUUUUGUCAGUUACUACUGGGACCUCCCACCUUUACCAUUAUGUUUGGGCUGUGUCUUCCAUUGUUAUACUGACGACAGACAGUGAUAAGAGGAAAUUUGAAUAUUUACGGAUAGUUUUCUUGUACCUUGAAAAAUGUUGAAGGUACUGCACGUGAUCAGUUUCCCAAGGAAUACAAAAUAAAAUAAAACAGAAAGCAGAGUUAGCGGCAAGAGUCUUAGGCGUCACGUAUAAUACCUUUGUAAUACCUUUAAUCCGAAAGCAAUAAGUAAAAAAUAUCAGCAGUGUUUACCGAAAGUAUGGAAGGAAUGACGAAUUCAAUUACCUUGCGAUAACGUGUGACUUACUUGGGAGAUGAUUGAAGAAAGUAAAUAAAAGAAAGAACGAAUUAAGAAGCAAGUUAAUGAAAUGAUAAAGUAUAAGGGUUGAGAAGCGAUGGAGGGCAGAAUUUAUCAGAGAGACAGGGAAUGACACAAAGUACACAUGGUAUACAGAUAAAACAAUAGUGGCAGAGAAUUUACAAAAUAAAUGCGCAAUAUUCAUACACUGAUACAAGAUACAGAUAUACUUAGAUAUACAUACGAUACACUACACGUUCUGGCCUUUUUAUAUAAAAUAUCUAAUCAAACUAUCUGAUGGGACUUGAAAGGGGAGUGAUAGUUAAAUGAGUAUUAUUUGCGUGCAUGUUUCAAGGUAUGAUCUAGAGACGAUACUCUUUAUCUUGUUAGUGUUCUUUAUCUUCUCAGGUAGAAAUUAAAGACAACUUAUAUUCAAUUCUUCAUGCUUUGCAUUAUCGUGCUGUUUCUUACAUAAAAAAAACUUUCAACGAGACUCAAAGGAUGUUUAUGUCGGAAGGAGGACGAGAUACGUGAUAAGAUCAAAAUUGUAUAUGCGUUAAUUAAGUAGAUGAUUAGAGAGAUUGAGAAAAGAGAAGAUAAACAUGAACGCCAGGAGACACAAAUAAGGGGGACUUUUGAAAGUUUCAGCGAGCCUUUGCUUUUUUCCAGAUAUCGUUCAGUUUACGUAUAAUCGUGCCGACUUUCUUUCGAUUAUAAAUAAAUGCAUGCGUUAACAAUUAUAAAUACAUGUUAUCAAAGUUAUGUCGGUAAUUCUACUCGAUUUCGCGUGAAUCGAUAUGACCCGAUGAGUAUGUUACUGUGACUUAAUUGAACAGGGGAGACGACAGUGUAAUGUAUGGUAGCGUGAAGCGAGUGCGAAUUUGUGUUAUGAGAUUUGAGAGACUAAAGAGUAGCGAAGACGAUUGAGUGUACGAAAAUCUAUAGCACUGCGAGGUGAUAAAUAAUAAUAAAUAAUAAUUAACGCUGUGAGAUAUUCUCACGAGCCAAUUACGCAGAUUAAACUUUCCCAUUAUCUUAUAACUGGGUCUUACCCAUGAAAUAUGGUUCUAAAGAAUACUCUCCUUUUAACUAUUUACAAUUUUUCUGCAUCGUCUCGAGUAUCUGUCUGUUUGUCUGUCUAUCUGUAUGUUUGUCUCUCUCAAAGAUUGCAUUUGGUCCAUUGAUACCAGUAGGAUUAAUUGUCAUCGCUGUGGUACGAAUAGAAUUCAAAAAAGUCUUCGAAUUGAGUAUCAAUGAAUCAAUGUCUUGACCGAUGCCUUGGAGCACCUUUCGCUGUCACCCUGAUAUUAUCUAGUGUAACUCUAUGCAAUCAGAAAUCUCUUUAAUUUGGAGUUUUAUUCCCUUUUUUACUUUCAAAGGCAAAUCUUCCUCGUUACUGAUAAAUAUUCAGCAUCCAUCCUCUCUUUGGCAUAGUGUCUAUCUUGUCGACAGAAUUUUUUCUCUCUCUACCUCUCUCCUUUGAUAAUUUCAUUCUUUCUUGAUGUUUUAUUAGUAUUAGUUAUAUCAUUUUUGUUAUUUCUCAUUACGUGUACAUCAUUUUCCACUUGUAUGUACACACAUGUGGCCAAUGGAGAACCGUGAUAUCUUAUAGUACUGCUAUAAUUAUUACUAUUAUUAAAUGCUAUUAUGAAAACAAGUAUGCCAUGGUGCUAGCAAUAAGUGAGUGGUUAAGCAGAAUAAUUUUCUUUUUUUCACUUAAUUAUCAAUCCUGUAGCUCCUUAGGUAUUUUUCAUAGUCUGGUCCUUAUUUCAGUUGCAUCGUGCUCCAUUUCCUUUUAUUUCUUUUUAUGAAUUGCCGUUUUGCCUAUUUUUGUGUCUUCUUUACUUUCGUAUAUUAUUAUUAUUGUUGCGGUCGUGACUAAAGGGUUCUCUCGUGUCGUAUGUCGAGAGUUGAGCACCGGCAAGAUAUAUUUAUGUAUAUGAUGAUACCGAGAUGUUAAAAGUUUGGUUUUGCUUUGCGUCUUACAUUAAAAAAUGAAAAAUAAAAUCUAUAUAUAUACAUACAUAAAAAGUAACAGACACAAACACACAACGUACAUAAAUAUAUUUACGAUAAACAAUAGUUAUUAAUAAUAAUUGUUUAUUAUAAACAAAAAAGGAGAAAAACCGUUUGUGUAUCAGAAUCAUGACUACAUUAAAGUGUUGACAUUAUACCCGUUCAA